UGCCUACGUAAGUUCAGUCCUAAUGUUAAAGUAAAACUAAACUGCUCGUUUCGAAUUCUAUUUGUAAAAUUUGAUACUUACUUAAAAACUAAGUAUUUUUCAAAUGAAAAAUUAAGUAUACCAAUUUUUUAAGACUUAAAUUUACCAUACCAUAAAUUAGUACAAAAAAUUUUGAAUUGCAGCUCAAAGAUUAAAAUUAUGACAGAAAUUGCAGGGGAAUCCGUGGGUGAUGCUACUCCAGAUAGUGUCGAGAAAUUUGCUACAAAACAUCUUGAGCUUCUUGAAAUAGAAAGAGAAGCAGAAAUCGAAGAAAAUAAAUACCUUCAAGAAUGCAGUUCUGUCAAAAAUUUACAAAAGAAGGGUGUAUGUAUUCCCAAACUAAAAAUUAUCAAUACUUCAACAGGGUUGUUUGGAAGAUCAUUGUUAAAUUUUGGACUUUAUUGGGGAAAUGGUCCUUUGCCCACUCAUACAAUAUCAUCAGGUGACAUAGUUGGAAUUGGAAGUUCAAGUAGUGAUGGAAAUAUUGAAAUUAUCACUUCAGGAGUAGUUUCCCGUGUAACAGAUACAACUGUAUCUGUAGCAUUUGAGAAAAAUUCUAAUUUCUCCGAUUUAGAAAACGAUGGACAAUAUAUGAUAGUUAAAUUGGCUAAUGAUGUUACUUACAAACGUUUGAAAAGAAUUUUAAAGACUCUGCAAAGUAAAGGCAGGGAGCAUCAUUUAGUUGAUGUAUUGUUUGGAGAUAAGAAACCUUCUUCAUGUGAAGAAUCUUCUCUAAAAAGCGUAUCAUUUUAUAAUAGUAAACUGAAUGAAGAGCAAAAGGAAUCAGUGAAAUUUGCUCUUUUGCAAAAAGAUGUUGCUAUUAUCCAUGGCCCACCUGGUACUGGAAAAACUACUACUGUUGUAGAAUGCAUUUUACAAGCCAUAUCACAAAAAUUAAAAAUACUUGCCUGUGCACCUUCCAAUAUUGCUGUUGAUAAUCUUGUAGAAAAGUUAGCAAAACAUAAAAUCAAGAUGGUUCGUUUGGGGCACCCAGCUCGAUUUUUGCCUGGCAUUCAGCAGUAUUCUUUAGAUGCAAUUGUAUCCUGCUAUGAUGGCAGUAAUGUAGUAGAUGAACUUCAUAAAGAAAUUGAUAAAAUAAGAGACAAGAUUAGCAAAACAAAAGGUGCUGCAAACAGAAAAUCUUUAUGGGCUGAAAAUCGAUGCCUUCUGAAGGAAGUGAAGGAGAGAGAGAAAUUCAUCGUAAAACAAAUUCUCAACAACUGUGACAUUGUCUUGUGCACAUUAACAUCAGGAUCAGAUGAUGGGCCUCUAAAAUAUGUUGAUAAAGACCAUUUUGAUGUCUGUUUCAUUGAUGAAUGCUCCCAGGCCAUAGAAGCUGCCUGUUGGAUACCACUCCUUAUGGCAAAAAAAUGUGUUUUAGCUGGAGAUCACAAUCAACUACCUCCAACAAUUAUUUCAAAGAAAGCAGCUGAUGAAGGCUUGGAACUAACUUUAAUGGAAAGAUUGCUGAAACUUCAUGGUGAUGGAAUCAAGAAAAUGCUUACUACACAAUAUAGGAUGAAUCAAGUUAUAAUGCAAUGGCCAUCAGAGAAAUUGUAUGAGAAUAAGUUACAGGCUGAUGAAUCUGUUCGGUCACAUCUUUUGAUUGACAUUCCUGGCAUUGAGAGCAAUGAUGAUACAAUGAUACCUUUAUUGUUAAUUGAUACAGCUGGUUGUGGCUUACAUGAGUUGCAAGCUGAUGACGAUGAAUCAAAAGGCAAUGAAGGAGAGGCAGAUAUAGUGGCUGUACAUAUUAAUAGUUUAAUAAAAAGUGGUUUGAAUGCUGUUGAUAUUGCAGUUAUAACCCCUUACAAUUUACAAGUUGAUCUUAUUAAGACAAGAUUAGCAGAUAAAUAUCCUAAAUUAGAAAUAAAAUCAGUAGAUGGUUUUCAAGGAAGAGAAAAAGAAGCUAUUGUGUUGUCACUGGUACGAUCUAAUGAUAUUGGAGAAGUAGGUUUUCUUGCAGAAGAUCGCCGUAUUAAUGUAGCUAUAACUCGAGCAAAAAGGCAUUUGGCUGUGAUAUGUGAUAGUAAAACAGUUUCACACCAUGAAUUUUUGAAAUCAUUUUUAAAUUAUUGUGAAGAAAAUGGUGAAGUUAGAACUGCUUUUCAGUAUGAAAGUGAAAUUGGUAACUAUCCCUCCAUCAAACACACUAUUCAAAAAUCAAAGUCAGAUAAUAAGAAAGUAAGUUCUAGUGGAUCUAAUAAGAAAGGAGAGCAGACGGAUAUAAAGAAAAAAUCUCAACCCAAAGUGCAAUCAUCAAAUGAUAAAACUGAUACAAGAAAGAAAUCUCUUUCAAAUGUGCAAUCUCCUGAGGAUAAAGAUGCAGUGAAAAGAGUUCACUCUGAAGAAGAGAAAAGAUUGACUGAAGAAAAGUAUCGGCAGGUUCUCCUAGAAUUCAUCGAGAGUAGUGAGAUAUCUCUCACAUUUCCAACUUCCCUAUCUGCAUUUGAAAGGAGAGCAGUUCAUGAGGUGGCUGAAAAAUUAAAUCUCUUACAUAUAAGCACUGGUGAAGGUGAAAAUCGUUGCAUUGAAGUGAAGAAAAUAUCAAACGAUCAGCCUGAUAUAUCUAAUAUUGAUGAUACACAACAACCUUCUGAUAUGUUCAGGACUACUGAUGGAAAAAUUGCUGGUACCAGUGAAUCAUCUAUUAAAAUUAAAUCAAAAUCCAAAACACAGAAAAACUCUACACCCAAGCUCAAAACUUUAAAACUCAAAGAAACUUCUGAAGAGGACAACUUUGAUGCCUUAAUUGAACAAGUUGUUAAAGCUGAUAAAACCUGCAGUUUUUCAAAUUGCAAGAAAUGUGUGGCUGUAAUGUCUCAAAUCUGCCAGUUCUGCAAAGGCCGUUUCUGUUACAGCCAUUUUAUACCUGAAGCUCAUGGUUGUGGUGAUGCUGCAAAAGCGCAUGCUCGAAGUCAGAUAAGAAAAGAUGGGGUGCUUUACUCUGGAAGUGGACGGCCAGAGAAGAAGCAAGAUGCAAUCAAACAUAAUUAUCUUCAAAACAAGCUAGAUAAAAAACUGAAAGAACUCUCAAAUCAAAGAAAGAUGCAUAAGAAAAGUUAAAAAUUUAUUUUACUAUUUUUAUAAAAUAAUUGUGUUUGUUGAAUAUGUAGUUUUAAGAAAACCAAUUAAAAUAUUUUGUACAUUAA